CAUGGCGGCGCACAUAACCAGAGCUGUGAAACGACUUCUUCCACAGGAGAGCGGCUGGCUCCUGCCCGCAGCAUGGCAGUAUAGUGAAGCCGGGCGUUAUCGCCAUCACUCGGCAGGCCCCUCACCGCGCUACAUACCCCGCAGGGCGGUUCUCUACUGCCCUGGCAAUGAUGAGCGAAAAUUGAGGAAGCUAGCCUCGCUGGACGUCGACUGUGCCGUCUUGGACUGUGAGGAUGGCGUAGCCCUCAGCAAAAAGACAGAGGCCAGGGAGACCAUUCCCAGGAUGUUAGCAGAACUGGACCUGGGCCGGACAGAGAAGUGUGUCAGGGUGAACUCUGUGUCCAGCGGCUUAGCUGAGGCCGACCUGCAGGUCAUCCUGCAGGCUGAGGUUCUCCCUCCUGCCAUCAUGUUGCCCAAAGUGGAGGACACACAGGAAGUGCAGUGGUUUGUUGACAGGUUCCUGCACCACUUGAAAGGACGGGCACUGACAGAACCCGUUCGCCUGGUCACCUUUGUGGAAACCGCUGUGGGCCUGCUCAAUUUUAAGGCGGUGUGUGAGGAAAUCCGUCGACUCGCUCCCAAGGCCGGCCUCCACCAUGACGGCGUGGUGUUCGGCUCUGAUGACUUCUGUGCCAGUAUAGGUGCCACACGGACUAAAGAUGCCAGGGAGCUCCUUUACGCGAGGCAGAAGGUGGUUGUGACCACCAAAGCGUUUGGGCUGCAGGCUAUCGACCUGGUCUACAUUGACUACAAAGAUGUGGAGGGGCUGAGGCAGCAGGCCAGAGAGGGAGCUCUCAUGGGCUUUACAGGUAAGCAGGUUAUCCACCCAGGGCAGAUCCAAGCUGUACAGGAAGAGUUCUCCCCCAGUCAUGAGAGGCUCCAGUGGGCCAAGGAGCUCAUUGCUGCUUUUGACCAACACCAAGAGGAGGGAAAGGGCGCGUUCACCUUCCGCGGCUGCAUGAUUGACAUACCCUCGGUGAAGCAGGCGCAAAACAUCAUAACGCUCUCCGUAGCGGUGCCGGAGAAACAACACGACUGAUGAGAAGAAACGGGAGGAAACGCACAACUAGACCCUGACUGGCAGAGGUCAAAGGAAACUGGGACUGUUUGCAGGUUCCGUGGCAACAAUAGCUCUUCAAAGGCUUGUAAACUAUGUUGCCUGACAUGAGUAGAUGCUGGAAAUUGUGGUUUUAAUUUAAGUUUUUGAAUUAUUGUUGAUGUGUUUUGAUUAAACAAAUGUGUUUGCAUUA